AUGAGUGCCGUGGUGGCUGUGGCCCUUGGUCUAUUUGCCCAGGCUCAGGCCUUUGAGGUCACCCUCGUGAACUCCUGCUCCGAAUCCAUCGACGUGUUCGACUCCAAGACUACGGAGAAGCUCCAACCUGGCGGCUCCAGCACGCGCACGGUCUCCCCUGGCGGUGCCUACGUGUACCGCAAGGGCACGGGCGGCCAGGCAACGCUGGCUGAGUUUUCGGCUGACAACAAUGCUGCUUGGUACGACAUCAGUAUUAUCCCAACGGGUGAGAAGCAGGGCCCCGGCAACUGUGGUAGUCUGGAGGAAUGCAUGGAUGUCACGGGUGGUGUCGGCUUCAACGUCGCCAUGAACAUCGAGCCAAGCCAGCCGGACGGCAGUCGCUGUGUGUCACUCACGUGCAUGGAGAAUGGUUGCAAUGACGCCUACCAGUACCCGGCGGACGACACUAAGACGCACUCCUGCCCCAGCUCGGUUGACUUCACCGUGACGUUCUGCCCAGGUGGGUCCUCGGGUGCGACGCAGACGGUUGACCAGACCGUCAACCAGGUUGGAAACGAGGCCCAGAACACUGUGCAGCAGUACACUGCACCGACACCCACGACGGCCACGCCCACCCAAGCUCCGACAGAAGCACCGACGCAGCCCCCUACGGAGGCUCCUACUCAGCCACCGACCGAGGCCCCUACUCAACCGCCCACCGAAGCUCUUACUCAACCACCGACCGAAGCUCCUACGCCUCCUCCUACUGAAGCUCCAACGCUUCCUCCCACUGAAGCGCCCACGCUUCCUCCAACCGAAACACCCACAAUGCCUCCCACUAAGGCGCCGUCGGCUUCGAGUGUUUCUGCUACGGAUGAUGACGAUGCCGGUGCCAGCCAGUGGAACGACUUUGUUGGCCAGGUCGGUGCUCACAACGAGACCUCCGGCUCCAGUGGCGUGGAUGUGGGCGACAAGUCCGGCAGUGAUGUUGACAAUGAGCCAGGCAGUAAGCCCACCACGCAGGUUAGCGUCACCCCCGCGCCUGCUUCGUACGAGAAGGGAGGUGUACAGACCACUCCUUCGUCGGUCAUGCAGACGAGCAAUGACAAUGGAGCAGUCCAGCAGGCCAACACGCAAUCCUCUGAGGGCAGCUCUGGAAGCACUGCCUAUGUUGUUGUGUGCAUCGGUGCAGCUGUGGGUAUGAUCGCCGUGGCCGCCAUCGUGGUGAUCCGGAAGAAGAAGCAGGCGUUCGACGAGAUGGACAACAAGACGCCCGUCCUCAACACCAUGCGCGAUGGCCCCACAGACCACUCGGUCCUUAUGACCGCGACCAACCACAACACCACCGUCUUGUAA